AUGCCCAGACGUUUGCAGUGCCCCGCGGGGGCUCUUCCUCCGAUGCUGCUCGCCUGCAAGACGCUGCUCACAUUUGUUCACCCCUUUGGACUCUAUUGUUCCUCGACGUACAAGGCAACAGUGAAUGUGCCACCACUGGGCCAGAAUCCUCACAAGCUGCGUGCCUGCAUCGUCCUCGCCUUGGCCACCAGCGCCUUCGCUGGUCACGUUGGUCACGUUGCCGGUGGCUACACCCUCGCUAGCAACCUCGGCUAUGGCCUCGGCUACGGCAGCCUCGGCUAUUCCGGUCUUGGAUACGGUGGCCUUGGUCUCUCCCAUUAUGGCCUGUCCCACGGAGUUGGCUACUCCGGCCUUACCGGCUACGGUGCUGGCUACGGAUACGGAUACGCCCCCGCCGCCAGCUACGCCGUCGCUGCUCCAGCUGUUACUCGCACGGUCUCCACCUACCACGCUGCUCCAGCUGUGACCGCUGUCCAUGCCGCUCCAGCCGUGACCGCUGUCCACGCCGCCCCAGCUGUCACCUACGCUGCCGCCCCAGCUGUCACCAGGGUGGUCCAGUCCGCUCCAGCUGUCACCUACGCUGCCGCCCCAGCUGUCACCAGGGUGGUCCAGUCCGCUCCAGUUGUCCAGACCUACGCCGCCGCCCCAGCUGUGACCAGGGUGGUCCAGUCCAAUCCAGUUGUCCAGACCUACGCCGCCGCCCCAGCCGUCACUCGUGUCGCCACCUACGCUGCCCCAGCUGUCACCAAGGUUGUCCAGUCUGCUCCAGUGGUCGCCAGCUACGCCGCCGCCCCAGCCGUGACUACUGUCCACGCUGCCCCAGCUGUUGCCACCGUUGCUCACGCUGCCCCAGCCGUCGCUACCUACGGCGUUGCCCAUGUUGCCCAUGCUGCCCCAGCCGUCGCUACCUACGGUGUUGCCCACGUUGCCCACGCUGCCCCAGCUGUCGCCACGUAUGGCGUUUCCCACGUUGCCCACGCUGCCCCCGCCGUUGCUACCUACGGUGUUGCUCACGCUGCCCCAGCCUACUACGGCUACGGUGUUGGCUCCCUCGGCUACGGUGCCGGCAGCUACGGUUACGGCCACGGUCUCCUGGGCUAUGGCCUGAACUACGGCUACGGCCUUGGCUCUCCCCUCAGCUACUCCACCCUCCUCCGCAAGAAGAAGUGUAAGUUCCGCUGUAUUAAAAGAUUCGUGUUUCUUUUUAGCCUUCUGCACUCAAAUGGACAUCAGACCGAAGGAGGCGCACUGCAUUUGAAGUCUCAGAAGCUCCUUCUCCUCGAAGAAACUGACAUCAUGAUUCGCGCCGCUAUCCUCCUCGCCCUGGCUACCAGCGCCUUCGCUGGUUACGUCGGCGGCGGAUACGCUCUCGGCCAUGGUGUCGGCUACUCUGGCCUAGGCGGAUACGGUCUUGGAUACGGUGUCGGCGGAUACGGUCUUGGAUACGGUGUGGGCGGAUACGGUCAUGGAUACGGUCUCGGAGGCUACGGCUAUGGCGGAUACGGUCUAGGCUAUGGAUACGGAUACGCUCCAAGAGCCAGCUAUGCUGUUGCGGCUCCCGCCGUCCACACUGUCGCUACUGCUGUUCACGCUGCACCAGCCGUGGCUGCUGUGCAUGCUGCUCCAGCUGUGACCGCAGUGCACGCCGCUCCCGCAGUGGCCACCUACGCCGCUGCUCCAGCUGUCGCAAGGGUUGCCUAUGCUGCCCCAGCCGUUGCUAGGGUAGCCUACGCUGCUCCCGCGGUGACCGCCGUGCACGCUGCUCCAGCCGUUGCCAGGGUUGCCUACGCUGCUCCAGCCGUUGCCAGGGUUGCCUACGCUGCUCCCGCUUACGCUGCCCACACUUACGCUGCUCCCGCUGUGGCCGCUGUCCACGCUGCUCCAGCCGUCGCCAGGGUUGCGUACGCUGCUCCGGCCUAUACCGCUGUCCACGCUGCCCCAGCCGUUGCCACCACGGCCGUCCACCACGCCGUGCCCGCAGUAGCCUCCUACGGUGUGGCCCACGCUGCUCCAGCCGUGGCCUCCUACGGAGUCGCUCAUGCUGCCCCAGUCUACGGAUACGGUGUAGGUUCUCUCGGGUACGGUGCCGGCCAUUACGGAUACGGUCACGGCCUCCUCGGCUACGGUCUCAACUACGGAUAUGGCCUCGGCUCCCCCUACCACUAUGGCGCUCUCCUCCACAAGAAGAAGUAAAUUCAUCCCUUGAACUAAACGGAUGGACUCAACGACGCAAGUCAUCGCAUGGACGUUUCUCUUGGAGUUGUGACGCUUCGAAGGAAAUAAACCUAUGUUUUGUUAAGUA